AUGGCUCUGAAUCGGAAUCACUCGCAAAACGGCGGCGUUUUGGUAACCAACGGAGAGAGUGUUUUAAGGGAAUGUAAGAAUGUGGAGCUGUCAUUCAGCGAUGCCACCGGCAAAUCAGACCUGCUUAGAGGGACCAAGAAGGGCAGCAUUUACCUCACACCAUACAGGAUGCUGUUUGUGUCCAGUAACACCAAGGAUUGCUUGGGUUCAGCCAUGUUCCCCUAUUAUCUGAUGAAGGGCUGCAGCAUUGAGCAGCCAGUCUUUGCAGCCAACUACAUUAAAGGGACAGUGUCAGCAGAGCCUGGUGGUGGCUGGGAGGGCCAGGCCCAUUUCAAGAUGUCAUUCACCAGUGGAGGAGCCAUAGAGGUGGGACAGCAUCUCUUCAAACUGGCCACAAAUGCUUCUCGUGCUGCUCCCGCACAAAACGGUGCUGCCUCUUUCGGCUACCCUUCACCUGGGAUGAUGAACGGCUACGGCCCGGCUCCACCUGCUCCUCACGGCUAUCCUUACGCACCCCCUCCCCAGCAGAACGGAUUCUACCAGGGCCCUCCCCCUGCUGCUGGCAACAUGGGCUACCCCCAUCCAACAGCUGCUGCAGGAAUGUACCCAUCUGGUUUUGACUACAUGGCCCCACCUCCCCCCUACCCUGGGCCACCCCAAAAUUGGACUGCACCCCCUCAGAAUUGGGCAGCAGCACCACCACCACCUCCAGGUAACUCCAAGGCGGCUGAAGCAGCUGGCAGCGCGUAUUACAAUCCCAGCAAUCCACACAAUGUCUACAUGCCCAUGGAGCGGCCUCCACCAUAUGCACCUUAUCCAAACUCUCCUGAGAAGAAAAGUAACUGAAGCUCAGGCACCAUCACUUCGAUGACACUCCUCUCUCCUUCCUCUGUAUCUUAAAAUAAAUUCUAAAGCAAGGAGUCAUGUUGAUGGAUACCUACUCGAUUUGUAGAAUACAGAAAAGAAAAUGCAAGUAAUAAGAGGGUUCAAAGAUGUCAGUGAUAAUUCACCAACAAAUUAAUUGGUGAUAUUUUGGAUACCUUUCAAAGCAAUCACGUCUUUUAAAUACUGUUUUCCGUUUUCAUUUAAAAUCAUUGACGGCUUGUAACUCUAGCUAGACUCAUUAUUAACAUUCUCAGUGAUGGGAUUUAUUUCUGUCGAAUUAUCUAGCACGUAGGUGAGGACACCUAAACUGUCCUGAGCUGAAAGGAGGAGGCAGUAUGGGGGAAUGUAUUUUUUAAGAUGGAUUUAUUACCAAAACAUUUUGUAGCAAUUUCUUGAUUGCAGUUCCUGUAGUUAUUAACAAUAGAAAGUCUUUUUGCAGCAUCAUUAAAGGUACCGCAUGUGUUUCCUAUACAGUUUUGCAUUGAGUAGUAGUCCAUAUACAAACCUGAAGUGUUUAGUGAUACAGUAUCUGACUGAUUCUCAUACUCUGAGUAGUGAGUUAAAGUUUCCCUAACACAUGACCAACGUGAUCUACAUCAGUUACAUUACAGUCCCAAGUAAUUCCAUUCAUUGUAUGACCCAAAUCUCACAGUCUCCAUCAUAAUUUAAUAUAUGUAUUAGAGGUUUUUGUUAUGAAAAGGAGCAGUGCAUUGUUUGAAAAAAAAAAAAGGGGUAUCAGAUAGAUUUCUAACAUAACAAGACUACAGUAUGGAUGUGCAAUAAUUCAACCUCUCAUAACAAGGUUAAAGGUGAUGAGCUGGGGUGACCUGAAUGAGCCCCGAGCUCUGGUCCUAGCUUCUAUUGUAUUCAUGUAUGCAAAGCCAAGCUGAAACCAGAACUCUACUUUGUGUAAUCACGCCAGUGUGGGGUUACAAGGCCACAGUGUUACAUUAAGGGCCGUCAGUGUUGAAACUUCUGAAUGCAAACCAUUUAUUCCUGAUUUAAAGUGGGGUGAGGCGCCAACAGGCCGUGUAAUCACACCCCUCUCAUUGUGCAUCAGUUAACACCAGUUUGAAGGACUAUGUGCACACUUGAAGUGAAUAGAGGAUUUUUUGGGGUUUGGGUUUUAGUUUGCUUGAAUUAAUCAAAUGUCUGUAUAUUAAUAUCUCUUUUGCAGUUCUUAUUCCUUUUUGCUGAAUUUUGUCUGUCAAUUAAAAUCUAAUAAAUAAGUCAUUUAUUGAA